AUGGCGUCUGCACAGCCUGUUCCGGCUCCGGUAAGGCGAAAUCGGGAUGCUUCUCACGCAGAGGUGCCGAUAGGACGCUAUAUACGACUAGAACAGAUUGGUCGAGGUAGCUUUGCAACUGUCUAUCAGGGAGUGCAUGCCAAACAUCGAUCCUACGUUGCUAUCAAAUCCGUCAACCUCUCGAAACUCAAUAAGAAAUUAAAGGAGAAUCUCUGGACGGAGAUUGACAUCUUGAAGGGCCUCCAUCACCCGCAUAUUGUCGCCUUGAUCGACUGCCAGGAGUCCACAUCCCAUAUCCACCUGGUAAUGGAAUAUUGUGCCCUAGGAGAUCUAUCUCUUUUCAUCAAGAGACGCGACACGCUUCGGGACCACCGGUACACGCGAGACAUGAUCGCCAAAUACCCAAACCCGCGGGUAGGGGCACUGAACGAAGUUGUCGUGCGCCAUUUUCUGAAACAACUUUCUAGCGCGCUAAAAUUUCUUCGAGACCGGAAUCUUAUACAUCGGGAUAUCAAACCCCAAAACCUCUUACUUUGCCCGUCACCUUCGUCAUAUCGCAAUGGUGGCGCUCAAGUAGUGCCAUUCAAAGGAAGCGAUGACUCUUUCACCCCACUAGCCGGCUUGGAAACUCUUCCAAUGCUCAAAAUAGCUGAUUUUGGUUUUGCCAGAUCCCUGCCAUCGACGUCUUUGGCGGAAACGUUAUGUGGCUCUCCUCUUUACAUGGCCCCUGAAAUUCUACGAUAUGAGAAAUACGAUGCCAAGGCUGACUUGUGGUCUGUUGGCACGGUUUUGUAUGAGAUGGUGGUCGGCAAGCCCCCCUUUAUGGCAUCUAACCACGUCGAGCUGCUCCGGCGAAUAGAACGGCACAAGGACAAGAUUCGAUUUCCCGACGAACUAGAAAUAUCUGCCGAUAUCAAGUCUCUUAUUCGAAGCCUACUCAAGAUGAAUCCUAUAGAGCGAAUGAAUUUCCCUGAAUUCUUUGAUCACAUCGUUAUUCAGGAAAGCAUCCCAGGUCUUGUGGGAAACGACCUUGUUCCGCCCGCACGCUCUUCUUCCGCCACGGAUCAACCGGAUGCUACUCCGUUGGACGACAACAGAUUUUCUGAUGUGACAGACACUACGUCACGGCAAGGGGAUGUCAGGGAACCUUCUAUAACUCAAUCCCCGCUGCCACCAGCCUCUCGACAAUCGAGCGGCCCUCGGGCCGACUUGGACUCUUCUCCCCGACCGGAGUCCCUCCAACGAACUGCUAGCGGAGACAAAUUGUCACGGACGGGCGAUGCACAACGUGCCGCGGGCAUAGGUAGACGCCCAGGCCCUAUUUCACAUGUAACUGCACCAGGCCGACAGGAGCUGGUGGAUAAAUACCAAGGCACGCUCGAGCGGCAACCAAGUCGCAAUUCACAUUAUCCAUCACCCGUAAUAAAACAAGAAGAAGAUCCAACGAUAAAGGACGAGCGCGAACGCGCUGCUCAGGACAUCGCCUUCGAACGUGACUAUGUGUUGGUGGAGAAGCGAGCAGUGGAAGUCAAUGCAUUUGCCGAUGAGUUGGCUAAUAGCCCUCGAAUAGCGCAGCCCGGGCCUCGUCCCUCUGGUGGUAUAGUGCGACGAGCCACAGUUCAAAAUGUUCAUUCGUCAAACAAUCCCCCAGCCUCUCCUAAAGCUAUACAAUUCGCUGGACGUGCUCGAGCGGAUUCUCACACGCGCCAAAGCUCUUUUGAGCGACGAUAUGGCCAGAGCCCCUCGUCUGCGACGUCGGCUAUUUCGAAGGCACUGAACAUGGCCAGUGGGCGGCUUUUUGGAGUGAGCUUCUCGCCGCCCAUUGGAAAGGGAGGACGAUCUCCCCCGCUGACCUACAAUCCAUACCCCACGUACCCAGCGGCGCAAUACAGUUUAUUGAUGGCUGGUGACGGUACUAAAACAAACACGGCGAUGGACGAAGAUGCGAAAACUGUUCAGUACAUUGAGGACUGCGCUACCCGCAGUGACGUUGUUUAUGGAUUUGCCGAGGUCAAGUAUAAGCAGCUUAUUCCGCUCACUCCAUCUGUGCAGACAGACUUGGAUAAGGGUGGUGAUCAAAUCUUCUUGGAGUCUGACGACGGCGAGUUGACACCCGAUGCCGUGGUCACAUUAUCUGAGGAAGCUCUGGUGUUGUACGUGAAGGCGUUGGCUCUCCUUGCGAAGUCAAUGGAUAUUGCAGGAGCUUGGUGGGUGCGCAAAAACCGAGGCGAAGUCUUUGGCGAGACGAGUCACGGCGUAUCUACAACUAGUGAUGCCGUGGGAACGCGAAUCAACAACGUCGUCCAAUGGGUACGCAGCCGAUUCAACGAGGUGUUAGAAAAGGCAGAAUUCGUUCGGUUGAAACUCAUCGAAGGCCAGAAGCGGUUACCACCUGAUCAUCCAAGUCAUCCAAGCAACCAUUCUUUGGAAUCCAAUUCUGCAGGCACCUUGGGUACCUCUGCGGAUCAUGUUGUGGUUAGCUCCGGCGUGACCGCGGAGAAGCUGAUGUACGAUCGUGCACUUGAGAUGAGUCGAGCGGCGGCUAUCAAUGAGCUUACUGGAGAGGAUUUGCCUGGUUGUGAACUUGCAUAUAUGACGGCAAUUCGCAUGCUCGAGGCGAUCUUGGAGAGCGACGAGCUGUCACCGCCUAAUAAGAGCGGCGACCGGUCCGGUGAUCCAGAGAAGAUUGUCCUUGAUGGGGUUCAAGUUGAGGAUCGAAAAGUCGUUAGCAAGCUCGUCUCUAGUAUUCGUUCUCGUCGGGCAUCACUUCGUAAGAAGAUGACCGUUAUGGCUAAGCACUCUUCGACUCCAUUAGGCACGUCACCCGGCAAAGUCGCUACGACAAAAGUGCGACCGGCUUCUCCUGCGAUUGCCGGAGUAAGUCCACCUCGGUGAUUCCUACUGUGUCUACCACACUAUAUCGCAUUCCUGCAGUCCCGGUUGAAACAAUAUCGAAACGUCGUUGACUUGCAUUGUAUCCUGCAUCUUCCUCAUAUUCACUUUUCGUUCCUAUUUAUGUUUUCAUGACGCAUUUCAGGAGCAGGCAUCCUUUGACUACAUUCCUACCCUUUCUUUCUCUUGUCUUUCCUACGUAACGAGGAGAGCUAUAUUUCCGUUCAACCUGCUAAUAUUUCCAAGCGUCAUGACGGGAGCGGUUUUUGAAUUUCUUCUUUGGAGUUUAGGCGGUUUCUCUUCUUGUUCAAUUUGUUUUCGUCUCAUCAUAUAUUCGGGGGUUUAUCGUCUUUUUCGACAAGUCAGAAACCAGACUGACUUCAAACAUAUCAUAUUAGUUAGUCUUUUCUUUUCUCCCAUGGGAUGUUACGGGGUGAAGAUGACGACAGAGGCGUUUUAUUUAUUUAUUUAUUUUUAUUUGGUUGGUUUUUAGGUGUUUUGGGAUGGGAUAAGGAUACAACAAGAUUGGUAUAGGAUUGGUUGAACUUUUUGUUGAUACCUUUAGGAACGUAUCAUGAGAACGAAAUUAUUUGCAAUUACUCUAAUUGCAAUUUGAUAU